GCUGGCGGAAGUUGGUUUUCAAACGUCCUUGACCGUGUCACUGUCGAGAACGAUUGAAAACGCGGGAGAAACUUCUGAGCUUUGUGAAAUUUAUGUCAGUAAUAAGUAGGUGAGUCCAUGUGAUGGCUGACAGCAAGGAGAAGAAAGCCAGUCUGCGAGUAGACGUACAGGACAGCGAGUUGACCUACAGCUGUGAGUGGGGGGAAUGUGAGGAACAGUUCAACGACAUCCCCGACUUCCUCCGACACAUUGGGGGGCACAUCUGGAAGCUUGUCUCCACGUUAACUACUGAAGAGAAAGGGUUCUCGUGUGGCUGGCGUGACUGUGGAACACAGAUCCUCGGUGACAAGCAUGACUUCAACCGCCAUGUCUACUUCCACGCCUUCCACGUGAAACUGAAAUGUGUGGGGGCCGUGGUCAUCAAGAAGACGCGGUACCCCGUGUGUACCAUAGAUGGGCAGAGUCGCAACUGGAUCCCCGAGCUGCCGGAGAGCCUGCAGUGUGGAUGGACAUCUUGUGGGGCAGUCUGUGACAAUCCCGUGAUCUUCUAUAACCACGUUGCCCAUCACUGCGAGGAAUUCCCCAACGGCAACAACAUCAAGGGAGGCUGUCUGUGCAGAUGGACGGACUGCGAUGCCCGCUUUAAGAGCAAGCACAAGCUCCGAGAACAUCUGCGGAGUCACACCCAGGAGAAGGUGGUCGCCUGUCCCACGUGUGGCGGCCUCUUCGCCAGUCGGACCAAACUUUUCGACCAUCUUACACGGCAGAAGGAAACAGUGGUGCGGUGCUACCAGUGUUCCCACUGCAACAAGAGGUUUGCCACAGAGCGAAUCCUGAGGGACCACAUGCGUCACCAUGUGAACCACUACAAGUGCCCCUUCUGUGACAUGACGUGCCCGGCCCCGUCCGGACUCCGCGCCCACAUCCGGUACCGACACACCAUGGAGAAGCCAUUCAAGUGUGCCCACUGUGAACACUGUGCCAAGAGUGGCGCUGACUUGCGGCGCCACCUGGAGAGUCACAGCAAGGACAGCCUCUUCCAGUGCCACAUUGACAAGUGCCGAUACAAGGCGCGGUCCUACACCAGCCUCACCAACCACUACAGGAAGGAGCACCAGAUUCUCGACACUUCUCGCUACUUCUGUCACGUGUGUGAGAAGAGGUUCACACGAGGCAACCAGCUGACCAAGCACCUGAAGAAACAACACAAGUUCAAGUGGCCCCCCGGACACUCCAGAUUCAGGUACAAAGUUCACGAGGAUGGAACACUACGACUCCAAACCAUACGAUAUGAGAGUAUUGAGGUAUCAGACGAGAUAAUGGAGAACGAAGCUAUGCAAGAUGAUUCUCACGAAGCUGGGAUGUCCGAGCGUGAAGCAUCUGAGAGUGAGGAAAUGAGCGAGCCACCCACACCAAAGUUGUUGUUUCGCAACGUAGCAGCACACAACACAGCAGACACGAGUGGGGACAGCCCCAACCCACAGACUCCACACAGUCCACAGAGCACUCUGCUUUCUAUGCCAGACUUUCCGCCUCAGCUGGAGGGCCACAGACAGGGUACCCUGGCUUCACACACAUCCAUGCCAGGCUUCUGCAUGGACAGCCACACUGGCGAGAUCCAGCACAGUGAAGGUCCACAAGCUACAAGUUCAGGUGCUUUCCAAGAAGCCAGUUCUUCAGGUUUCCAAGGUUCCAGUUCAGGAGGGUUCCAAGGUUCCAGUUCAGGAGGGUUCCAAGGUUCCAGUUCAGGAGGGUUCCAAGGUUCCAGUUCAGGAGGGUUCCAAGGUUCUAGUUCAGGAGGGUUCCAAGGCUCCAGUUCAGGAGGGUUCCAAGGCUCUAGUUCAGAUGCAUUCCAAGGCUCAACUACAGGGGGUUUCCAUGGAUAUAGUUCUGGAGGUUUCCAAGGAACAAGUUCAGCUGGGUUUCAAGCUUCAGCUUGUUCUAAAGGAUCAGUUUCAGGUGCUUCUCAAGGUUCGGAUGGUUCUCAUGCCAGACACUUGGAAACCACAAACACUCACCAGGGUGAUCAGGACGAAGCCAGUAGCGAGAAAGCUUGUACAGUCCAGUCUGGGUCCUCCAUCAACAUCACAUUCAUCAGCAACCCUGGCCUUGGGGAGAGCCAGAUCCAGGCUCUCGCUAUGGACGAGGAUGGAAUCCUGGUGUACAGGAAGCCCGAGCAGGACAGGCCACAGGGUCAGAGCACGAGUCCAGAAGAUGGUGUCAGCCUGGCAGAAGCCCAGCAGAAAGUGACCAGCGUCCAACCAGCAGUUCCUCAGGACAACACAGCUUAUAAUCUGCAGAUGCUCGGAGAUGUUGCUCUUCUUGGACAGAACCUCUCCACAGCCCAAUCCAGUUCAGUGUUCGGUGACAAUGGAAAGGUUAUUCAAAAUUUAUGAUGCUUCCAACAUGAUCUGUCGAAAGAGACAACUUAACUGCUCGGGUGGUCUGGCUGGGUGACAUGGCUGAUUGUGUGUCAGCGUACACUGAAAGUGUGGAUGGUUGAUCAUAGUGUCAAUCGCUGGAUUGCCUGGCCAAGAUUGACUUACUUACAGGCUGCCAUCUUAGCUGGCAGGUUGGAAUGAGUGUGGUGUCAAACGUAAAACCUAUCUAAGUCCUUGGCCCCCUCCCAUACAGCAUUCUUACCUUUGUGACCGUCGUUGUUCCCACACUUAAAAUUUCAUUUCCAGCCCAGGGGACUGAUAUAAACCUUUUUUCACAAGUCUUCAGAGGUUGUUGCUACUACUUGAAAAAGACACAAAUGUGUACUUUGUUUAUUUUAUUUCAGUGGUUAAAGAUGGAAUGUCUGUUUGAAUUGAAACUGUGAUGUAUUGAAUAGUUGGUUUUCAUAUUUUCUCUUUCUUAAGCACCACUAAAUUGUAGUUUAAAAUGGUGAUAACUGUACCCAUUUUAAGAUCAACUUAUAGCAUCAUUAUUGGCACUUGUGGUCAAACUUCCAAAUGCAUUUUUAACUUGCUAAAAUUGAUGAAAGAACGAAGGACUUAAAAGAAUGGUAUUUUUAUCAUCAAAGUAAUAUCCAAAUUGUUCCCGACUUUGGUGGAAUGAAUAUAGAAGGUUUUCGCCUGUUAGAUUUUGACAUUAUUUUAGAACGACAGUCUGUUUUUAGAUUCUGUAUAUAAGUUAAUCAGUUCAUUGUUAUCUUGAAUACAGUCUGAUGCCAGUUCUUUCUAUGAUGGAGGUGGCACGGGACAAAUUCCCAGUGCAGAGUUGCAUCCCUUGGGCACACCAGGAACCUAUGAUUGUGGGUUCCAAUCCCAGUUCGUCCCGAUUAUAUUUCUAGGUUUGUCUGCACCAUACCGUGCUCGUGGGUUUUACCGAAGUUUUAGACGUCUGAGACCUGCAUCACUUCAGGCUUUCCUUCCACAUUAAGCUGACAUGCCAUGAUAUGACUGUAAUACUGUUUUAAACAGCAUCACACCCAUCGUGGAGUUGUAUGUUUCAAGCUAUGAAAGAAGCAGAUUAUGUAUGUUUCAAGCUAUGAAAGAAGCAGAUUAUGUAUGUUUCAAGCUAUGAAAGAAGCAGAUUAUGUAUGUUUCAAGCUAUGAAAGAAGCAGAUUAUGUAUGUUUCAAGCUAUGAAAGAAGCAGAUUAUGUAUGUUUCAAGCUAUGAAAGAAGCAGAUUAUGUAUAUGUUUCAAGCUAUGAAAGAAGCAGAUUAUGUAUGUUUCAAGCUAUGAAGGAAGCAGAUUAUGUAUGUUUCAAGCUAUGAAAGAAGCAGAUUAUGUAUGUUUCAAGCUAUGAAAGAAGCAGAUUAUGUCUGUUUCAAGCUAUGAAAGAAGCAGAUUAUGUAUGUUUCAAGCUAUGAAAGAAGCAGAUUAUGUUUGUUUCAAGCUAUGAAAGAAGCAGAUUAUGUAUAUGUUUCAAGCUAUGAAAGAAGCAGAUUAUGUAUGUUUCAAGCUAUGAAAGAAGCAGAUUAUGUAUGUUUCAAGCUAUGAAAGAAGCAGAUUAUGUAUGUUUCAAGCUAUGAAAGAAGCAGAUUAUGUAUGUUUCAAGCUAUGAAAGAAGCAGAUUAUGUUGACAGACUGGCUGAAGGACUCCCCAGCAAUAUGCGCCUUUUUUUAUCUUGUUUUCUUUCGUGUACAAAUUGUUUCUCCUGACUUUUCUAACCCCUGCCAGGGUAGGAAGGACUUUAGGUUAAGGAUGAGUAGGUGAGGUGAGGUGAGGUGAGGUGAGGCGGUCUACACACAAGUAACUUGACAUGCGUUACAAAUUCUAUACAAGUCCAAGCAUUAAAAUAACAAAAACUGUGUCAUCAGAUGUCAGAGCCGUUUAUAUAUGGAAACGGAUCCGUUAGCCUGUCAUUGUCAUGGUCUAAAAACUCAUAAACCAUUCAACAUUUCUUCAGGAAAUUUGUAUACACUUCAGGGAUGCAUUGAACGUAUGUCUUUUGCUAGUCAGAUUUGUUUUAAAUAUUUACUUUUUGUGCUUCCAACAAGUUGGAAUUCAAAUGAUGGUAGGGUUCAGUUCCAGGUCAUACCAUGAAACCUUGUAUUCAUACCAGACAAGUGAAGAGCUGGGGCCUUUUGCCAUUCAUUCUUUUGUUUUAUUUGUUUGAUGUUUUUUUAUUUCCAAAGUAAGGAGUUGGACUUGUGUGAGUGUAGGGUCAUUUUGGGUUCAUUCCAGAGUAAUGCCCUUGAACUGUUGAGCUUUGAAUUCCCCUCCGACAUCAUGCGCCCCUGCCAGGACUCCCAGCAACUGUGCUUGUUGUAUGGAUUUUUUGUCCAACUCGGUUGAUUUUGUGACGUCGUACCCUUUCACCGUGGAAGGUUGCUGAUGAUACAUCAAUAUAUGUCAUCAUAGCAUUCGUGAGCAACUCGUGUUAUUCCAUGACAAGCCGAAUAGCGACUCAUGACCCUCCCAUGGCCAUUUUUGCAACCGAGUUCCGUCUUAGCGCAAACGGACAUGCCUA